AUGGAUGCCGAGUAUGUCCUGUGCAACUGGAAAGACCAGUUAUGGCCGGCAAAAGUUUUGUCUGGAUAUGAGACUUCAUCAAACAGUAAAAGAAAAAAGGCAUUUUCCCUAGAAGUUCAAAUACUCUCACUAGAUGAAAAAAUUAAAGUGGAAAGCACGGAAACAAAGAUUCUAAAUAAAUCUCAAAUUGAAGCCAUUGCCUCCUCACUAGCAGCACAGUCAGAAGUCAGCACUCCACCUAGAGCGGAAACAGCCUAUGAAAGGUCAUUAAAAGUGGCACUGGAUAUUCUGAAUGAAAGAAUAUAUUUGAGUCAAACAAGCAGUUCAUAUGACAAAGAAACCACUACUCUGUCUCAAAAUGAUCCACAAAAACUUUCUGAUUCACCCCCUCAUAAAAAGUACCGGAAGCAUGAAGGAGACUUAUCAGAAUGUCUUGAGGAAAGUAAAAAUGCAACAUCCUCGUUAGUAUCAUUAGAGAAUAAUGAUUCCCUGUAUGAUGAUAAAUCACAGGUGCAUGCAACCAUUGAUACUCUUCCAAGUGAAAUGGAAACAAAGUCAUCGGAAAACUCCAGCUGGUGCCAGAGACUUCCUUCACUUUCAGAAGAUGAUGAUGAAAAGGAAAGCAAGAAAGAGAUUGAUAUCUCAACAGUUAUGCCUUUGCAUUCCACAAUCAAAGAGGAGGAUGUAUGUGUUAAAGAUGAAAAGUUCACUCCAACUUUGCCAUUAGAUACAUUCACUGUGCCCAAAGCUUUGAAAGAGGAGGCACAGGACAUUUGCCCAGAGACCCAGGCUAUUUCCUCUGAAUGCUCUUCCUUCUCAGAGUAUAUUGAAGAUCCUGGAGAGGGCCCUUCAAAUCCGUGCUCAGAUACCAGCCAGAAUCAAACUGUAGAAUCAGAAGCAAGUGCUGUGACACCCCCCAGGCAUUGUUCAUGGGAAUGUCAAGUUUCAUUUAGUGCCUCUAACAACGUCCUGGAUUAUUCACUCCUUCUUGUGAAUAAUGAAAGAAAUCCUCAGAGACUGGAUUUUGAAGAACUUGGAGAAGACCUUCAAGCUUCUGAUAAGUCAGUGCAUCUAAAUCCUAUUGAUACUUCCAUAGUAGAUGAGAAUGAGGAAGAUGAAGAACUUCCACGCUUUGUUUUUAAUUAUGAGCCUCGUUCAUUUGAAACAGGAAUGAUAGUCUGGUUUAAAUAUCAAAAAUAUCCAUUUUGGCCAGCAGUGGUGAAGAGCAUCAGGCGAAAGGAGAGAAAAGCAAGUGUGCUUUUUGUUGAGGCAAAUAUGAAUCCUGAAAAGAGAGGUAUUAGGGUGCCUUUUAGAAGAUUAAAGAAAUUUGAUUGUAAAGAGAAACAAGCACUAGUGGAUAAAGCCAGAGAAGAAUACAGUGAAAGUAUUGACUGGUGCAUCUCGCUGAUUUGUGACUACAGAGUAAGACUAGGUUGUGGUUCUUUUGCAGGCUCUUUCCUUGAGUAUUAUGCUGCUGAUAUUAGUUAUCCGAUUAGGAAAGUAAUCAAACAGGAUACCUUCAGGAACUUAUUUCCUAAGCUGCAUAAUGAGAAUCCUGUGGAACAGAUGGUUGUGACUUCCCAGACCAAGAAAAUGUCCUUCCAGAAAAUUCUUCCUGACCGAAUGAAGGCUGCUCGGGACCGAGCCAACAAGAACUUAGUGGACUUCAUUGUGAAUGCAAAGGGAACAGAGAACCAUCUUCUAGCCAUUUUAAAAGGUACAAAAGGAUCCAGGUGGCUGAAAUCAUUUUUGAACGCAAAUAGGUUCACUCCCUGUAUUGAAACAUACUUUGAGGAUGAAGAUCAGUUGGAUGAGGUGGUGAAAUAUUUACAAGAAGUCUACAAACAAAUAGAUGAAAGAAUGCUGACUGUGAUAAGAGAUGAUAAAAUUAAAUUUAUCCUGGAAGUUCUUCUGCCAGAAGCUAUCAUUUGUUCAAUUUCUGCUGUUGAUGGAUUAGAUUACAAGGCAGCUGAAGCAAAGUAUCUAAAGGGACCAUCCCUAGGAUACAGGGAAAGAGAAUUAUUUGAUGCAAAAAUCUUAUUUGAAAAGAGACGGAAACCAUUAACAAAUGAGUCUCAUUAA